UACAGCUGAUUGUUUGUUGUUUGCUGUUAUGUACAGUUUAUAAAGCCAAAUGUUUGCAACGUGUAAUUGGAUAUUUCAUUUAAUAUCACAAUUAAUUUUUAACCAAUAAUACCACUUCUAUAAAACUAAGAAUGGAAAAACGACAAGAAGCAUUAUAUGAGGCAUUGACCAAGAAUGAGGAAGAAACGGCCCGUUGGAAGAAUUACAAAGAUGAAAAUGACACAGCAGUCGAAAACCUAGAUAGAUUUAGUAAAAAUCUCACAGUAGAUGUUAUGGUGCCAAUAGGUCGUAAAGCAUAUAUGCCAGGUCAGCUCAUCCAUACAAAUGAACUGCUUGUAGGUCACUAUCAAAAUUAUUUCUCUAAAUGUUCCGCACAAAAGGCAAAAGAAAUUUGUGAAUACCGGAUCAAAAUGGCACACGAACUCUUGGAAAAAUUGCAGACUGAAGCAGAUUUAUGGAAAAAUAAGUUGGAUAAACCAUAUACAGAAGGAGUGUUUCCAAGCAAAGAAGAUUGUGAAAUAAUUGAAAAUUAUGAUGAGGAAACAGAAAUGGUGUGGCGAGAGCAACAUAAAGUACGUGUAAAGCAAGCUAAAGAGCGAGAGAAAUUAGAAAGGAAUACUAAUAACACGAAGAUUCAAAAUGCGGGUGAAAAAGGGGAUUUGUCCGACACAGACGUUCUGAAAAUGCUUGAAGAAGCUGAAUUAAUGGAGGAAUUGGAGAAUGAAUUGGAAAGAUUAGAAAUAGAUGAUAUCGGUGAUGACACUAUAAAAAAGUUAAUGAAGGGCGAUAUGAAAUUACCUCCGGAAAAAAGACGUGUAGCUCAUACAGCAAAAAUUCAAAAACAAACCGAAACUCAGACAAAUGUCGGAAAACCAGAAACAGACAUCGAUGUUGAAAAAGAACUUCAGAGGAUUGUAAAGAAAGCCGAAUUGGAAAAUAAUACAGUCCAAACAAAUAACAAUCAUCGACCAAAUCCAGAAAUGAUGCCGACAAACAACACAAAUGCCGAAGAUUCAGAUGCUGAUAUUGAAGAACUACCUCGAGAGGUAAAAAUUAUCAAAGAGCAGGCCAAAUUUUUACCUGCCUUGGAUCAGAUUGGUUUUUAUGAAUACCAAAUUCAAAUUAUGCGCCAAAAACUUUUAACAUUACCUCUUAAAACUCAAGAGGAUAUCGAUGAAAAGGUGAAUACAUUAAAUAUUUUAGAAACAUUAGAAGAAUUACUUGAAAUGGCCGAGGAUAAUGCUGAAGAACAGGCAGAUAACAUUUCCAAAGACAAAGAAAUCGACUUAGCGCAGGAAGAAAUAUCAACUACAAGUCAGGACACAACAGAAGAAAAGCAACCCAAACGGCGCAUUUCAUUCGCCCUACAAAAUGAGACACUUGAAUUUCGCAAAAACGAAACAAUUUCCCAAAUGUUACCAAAAUCGCAGCAGAAGAAAAAAGAAAUUAUUAAACUCGAUAAAGUUGAGUUAUACCCUAAUAUUACAAAAACCAUUGCUGAUACUAAAGUUGAAGAUCGUAAAAAAAAUAUUAUUGAUAGGGUGGAACAAAACAUAAGAUUUAUAGAAGAGAAUCAAAGCACUAAAGAUUUUCAAUUAGUAGAUAAAAUUCUAGAGUCAUCGUUAAUUGGUGUUAAUACCUUGCAUAUACAUUUCCAACAUUCUGCCAGCAUGCGAAAUGAAACAAUAUCAAAUAGGGAAAAUUCUGAAAUCAAUGGUGUUCCAGGCUCGCCCGCCGACCUGUAUCAAGCAUACCUACAAAAAGUAGAAAAACAAGGUGCUGAUAUAAAUAAGUCAAAUUCAGAGCAGAUAAUUUUCAAGAAUGCUUACACCGGUGAGGAUAAAGUUAAAGUACCGCUACUAAAAGAAGCAGAUCGAUUAAAGUCAUACGAGGAUCAACGUAUGGAGUUUUGUAAACCUGCUACAGAGACCAAGUCAAUCUUGAGAAACAAAUCUGCAGUUGAAAGAGAGCAGCAUAAAUUGGAUCGUAAAAACAGAGCCAAAUCGAAUAAAAAAGAAUCAAAGAAGAAAAAUCCAAUUACUGAAGAGGAAUACAUGCGUGCUUAUUACAAGGUAAUGAACGAUGUUGUUGAAAAGCCUCUAACUGAACCGGAACCUCUUCCGGAAUGUAAGUACAUUGAUGCGCAUACUCCUAAAAAACGAAUAAGUCGUUUCAAACAAAAUCGCGGUGCAACAGAGAAAAUAUAAUAAAUAUCCCAAUUUCACAAUAACCAUAAGUUCUACAAUAUAUGUUUGUGUGUUUUAUUGCAUAAGGAAUUAAAAUAUCUUAAACUAAAA